CACAAAAAAAAAAAAAAGACCCUUUGUUUUGUUUUUUAUGUAUUACCUCUCGAAAUCUGCCUACGUUUUCCCAUCAACCUUAACCACCUCCGGUUUCAGUUUCUUGGAUCACAGAAAGCAGCAGAAAGAAGCAAAACCCAUCUCAUGCACUGUCCGAGAAAACAAGCUGAUUCCCUCCAUUUGCCUCAACACACAUUAUAAAUCUUCGGUCCCUCUCUCUUGCCCUUCUCUCUCUCCAUCCCGGUCAUAUUCAUCACUGCCAAAAUUUCCUUAGAGAAGGGCAAAGAGAAACAUCAUCGUGUCAUAUUCAAGAUAUGGCAGUGUGCACAUUCCACACAACCCAGUCACUCAACCCCGCAUGCUCAUCAAUCGCAACACCAUCAAAAGCCACCCAAUUCGGAAGCUUAGGCUUCCACCAGAAGCAGGUCCUUUUCUGCACUCAUGGCAAUAGACCCAUGAUGGCCAAGAGAAGAGGGGAAAUCUUCCAGAGCCACCCGUCAUCACCCUGUGUGGUCAUUCGCUCGGCAGCCGGUGGCAGCGGCGGCAACACACUGGUGAUCGGCCUGGCUGCCGACUCGGGGUGCGGGAAGAGCACCUUCAUGAGGAGGCUCACAAGCGUUUUCGGAGGGGCGGCCGAGCCACCGAAGGGCGGGAACCCGGACUCCAACACCCUCAUUAGUGACACAACAACCGUGAUAUGCCUGGAUGACUACCACGCCCUGGACAGGACAGGGAGGAAGGAAAAUGGUGUCACUGCACUCCACCCACGCGCCAACGACUUUGACCUGAUGUACGAGCAGGUCAAGGCGCUUAAGGAAGGAAAGGCAGUCGAGAAGCCAAUCUACAACCACGUCACCGGCCUCCUCGACCCACCGGAGCUCAUCGUGCCGCCCAAGAUCCUCGUCAUGGAGGGCUUGCACCCAAUGUUUGACCAACGUGUAAGGAACUUGCUGGACUUCAGUAUUUACUUGGACAUCAGCAAUGAGGUGAAGUUUGCUUGGAAGAUUCAGAGAGACAUGGCUGAGAGAGGACACAGUCUUGAAAGCAUCAAAGCUAGCAUUGAGGCCAGAAAGCCGGACUUUGAUGCUUAUAUAGAUCCACAAAAGCAAUAUGCAGAUGCAGUGAUUGAAGUGUUGCCAACCCAACUCAUUCCUGAUGACAACGGAGGGAAGGUGUUGAGAGUGAGACUGAUAAUGAAGGAAGGAGUGAAGUACUUCAAACCGGUUUACCUCUUUGAUGAGGGCUCAACAAUCUCAUGGGUCCCUUGUGGAAGGAAACUCACCUGCUCUUACCCGGGCAUCAAGUUCUUCUACGGCCCUGACACUUACUUUGGCCAUGAGGUGUCUGUGUUGGAGAUGGAUGGGCAAUUUGACAGACUAGAUGAGUUGAUAUAUGUGGAGAGCCAUCUCAGCAACAUCUCCACCAAGUUCUAUGGAGAGACCACCCAGCAAAUGCUCAAGCACUCUGAUUUCCCUGGGAGCAACAAUGGCACAGGCCUCUUCCAAACCAUCAUUGGCUUGAAGAUCAGAGACCUCUUUGAACAAAUAGCUGCCACCAAAACUGGUGCUCCAUUGGAAGCAGCAAAAGCUUGAAACUUUCUACAAGGCAGGAAAACAAUAUCGCCCACAUUGAUCUUAGUUCCUCAACCCCUAUUUUCUCCUUUACUAUUUUUUCUCUUCUUAUUUUUUUCUUUACCUCAUCACCCAAUUUUUUUUCCUUCAUGCUACGACCCGAGUAGAGGAGAGCACUCGGGGUGUACUUACUUCUCCCCCAUGUAAUUUCAAUCCAAUUUGUAACAUAGAGGAAUAAUAGCAGAAGAUCAUAUAUUAUUAGGAAAGCAAUUAGUAGAUAGACGGUG